GGUUUACUCAUACUUGGUCUAAAUUUAUGAAUUACUCAUUUUGUCGGAACAGCGUAAUAAUUGUUAACAUUUUUUGCUGACCUUGUGAUAAUAAACAUAUGAAAAAUUGAACGGAAAUAAACACGGAUUGUAUAGAUAAGAAAACUCAAUUCACGUAUAUGAUGUCAUUCUCCAAAUAAUAUAUGAGUAAAUUAAACUUUUUUAAGGUUGAUUAUAUUAUUUGUUUUCUAUUGUUUAAGUGUAUUAUAAUGUUUUAACAAUGUAAAAUGUUAAAGUUAGAAUAAAAUUAUUUCUGCAUAUAUAAAGUAUUUCUUUUAAGAUGUCUAAUUCGAAUGAGACUUCAGUACCAGCAACUACUAGUAAUAGCAGUGUUAUUGAAACUGCUACAAAUUCUAGAGUAGCCACAACUGCUCCUAGUCGUCGAAUGAGCCUAGCAGCUGAUCUUAUGAUGCAUCUAGAGCGAAGAGCUGCUGAAAGUUCUGCAAUGUUUCGAAGCAAUGUCCAUAACGUAGUGGAAGAAUUAAGACCUAUUAUAUCAGUAACCCGGCAUCCUGAUCCUGGGUCACCACAACCUCUUGGUCCUAGUUCAUCAGUACGUCUAAGUUUACCUACUUGGUUAAAUUUAAAUGCAAGUAAUACACAUUCUCCUCUAUCACCACCAAGUUCAUCAGAUACUGAAGACAGAGAUCCCAUAGCUCCAGGGGAUGUAAGAGUAUCUGAAACUUCACCAGUUUCACAAAGAGUCCCUAUAUCUGAAGCAAGAUCUCUUCCAAUAGAAUCUAAUAAUGAUGUUUCGAUAAAUAUGAAUUUAUCUAACUUAGAAGAAAACCAUGGAAAUGAAACUCAGACUCCUGGAGGGACUUCACCUAAUGGAUCUAGUAAUAACAAUGUUGAAAACCAAAGUGAAGAAGAUGUUCUUCGUCAUAAUCCCGAAAUAGCUCAAGUUUUAGGAGUAACUCUUAAGUACAUUCCAUUCAUAUUAAUAUUGUUAUCAAAAGCUGUUUUUGAUCAUAUUCCAGCUAUUUUGUUAUUCUUGGUGCUAUUUGUUUCAUUCCGGUACUUUAAUAAUGUUGUAAAACGGGAAGUAGCCAAACAAUCUCAACGAAGUAUUGGAUUUCUUUUGUUUGCUAUAUGUCAUAUGGUUAUGUCAGUUUUUUUAUUCUAUUAUUUCUACAGUGACAUGAAUUUACAUUUUGGAUUAAUAUUUGUUCCACCAUAUAUACAACCUUUGACAAUAAGUAAUCUGCUGUGGUCUAUAGCUGUAGAUGAUUAUAUUUUAAAAUUGAUAACAAUAAUAUUCAAGAUUAUUGUGAUUAUGUUACCUAUCAAAUUUUUGCCAAUAAUUAAAAGAGGUAAGGUUUAUUUAUUUAUUGAAGCUACAUCACAACUGUACCGAUGCUGUGUUCCAAUUCAGCCAUGGUUAUAUUAUUUAUUAGAAUCAUACCAAGGACCAAAGAAAGUAAUUGGAGUUUUUUUGUCAGCAGCUUAUAUGGUAUCAAAGGGUACUGAUUUAAUGGGAUGUGUUAAACUCUGGUGGACAGCCUCUUAUAAACUACUUCAAAAUGUCGCUUUAGGGACAGCUCCUAGUAAAGAACAAUUAACUACAGCUGGUAGAAAUUGUCCAAUUUGUCAUGAUGAAUAUGUAACACCGGUUUUAUUACAAUGUCAUCAUAUAUUUUGUGAAGCAUGUGUUGCCAAAUGGUUUGACCGUGAACAGACGUGUCCAUUGUGCCGAGCCAAACUUGUUGAUGAUCCAGCCUGGCGGGAUGGUUCUACAACUAACUUUAUACAGCUAUUCUAAUACUCUUACUGACAUAUUAAGCUUUCUAAUUUAAGAUUUUUGUUGUUGUAUUUUAUUACCAAUAUUAUCAAAUGUUAUGUUGUAAUUAUUACUUACAUUAUAUUUUUUUAAAUUUAAUUUGUUAAUUAUUUCGUUGUACUUUUGAGUCGAUACUCUUUAUGAGUGAUAGACAUUAUACUUUUAUAUUUUCUUUUAUUAUUAACACAUAUUUGCAAUUGUCUGUGAUAGAUGUUCAUUAUGGUUGAAAAAUUAAAAAUAAUUUUUUUUAAUGUUUAUGCUAAAGUAAUAUUGAAAUAAUUUAUAUAAUUUUUGUCAAGUAUUUUAAGAAUUUAAUGAAGCUAUAUUGUAUAAAAAGAAAUUGAAAUAUUUUUAAGUGACUACCCAUAAUUGUAAUAUAUUAUUAAAGAUGAAUAGUACACAUACAAAAUAUUAGAUUAAAUAUAACCGCCAAUUAAUA